UUCCCUAAUAUAAAUAAGUAAAGUGGCGACGUCAUCAGGAUACACAAUUCUAUGCCGGUGAAGGGUGUAAUUAUCCCUUCUCCGGCAUCAUUUAAUCCUGGGAUAUACUCUCCCACGCCCGCUCGAAUUCCUUCUAACGAACCUCCGUAAUCAGCCAUCCCUAAUACACAAAUCCCUGUGAGUUCUGUCGAGCCUCCUCGGUUAUCUUGGUUCUUGCUUGGAUCGUGGACAGAUCCUUUCUUUUCGAGCUCUGAUUUGUGAGCUUGGUUUGUUGUUUCUCUGGUUCAGAUUACCCAUGAGAUUUGAUCUCUUCAGGGUGUUCUUAUUCGUCGAAUCUGGGGCGAAAUCAGAGGUAUUUUUGGGCGGUGUCGCUUCGAUCCUGCCAAGGUGGUUUGUUUAUUUUAUCCCGCGGCAUUAGCUUGUUGGAUUGUCGUAAAGUUCGGAUUCUCAGCAGGGACACAAGGUAGACAGGGACAAUCCCGAAUUGGGGCAUUGGGAAGUUCCCGAUUUCUUGAAGAACUGGUUGGAGUUUUGAGGUGAAAUCAAUAAGGGUUAGGAGGUGCAUAUUCUUGAUAAUUUCUCCUGAUUGUUAAUUGAGUGAAAAGAUUGUUCUUUGAGAUGGAUGGUCGUGGUCGCCCGGAAUUCCCAUGCUAGAGGUUCCAGUGUUUCAUGGUCUGAUGAUCCGUGCCGCGCAAAAGCUCCCAGAUUGUGGGCAAAAUGUAUGCCGUCGGAAAGGUCUUGUACAGUGUCGCCGGUCCAUUCCACCCAUUUGGUGGUGCGGUCGACAUAGUUGUUGUGCAGCAGCAGGAUGGCAGCUUCAAGAGCUCGCCAUGGUAUGUGCGAUUUGGCAAGUUCCAGGGGGUUCUCAAGACAAGGGAGAAGGUGGUAAACAUUGCUGUGAAUGGUGUCGAAGCCGGGUUUCACAUGUACUUGGAUAGCAAUGGUGAGGCUCACUUUCUCAGGGAUGCAGACUCAAUUACUGCGGAAGGGGAUUUUGUUGUGUCCACUUCAUCUUUGGGGGAUGAACGGGAGGUGACGAUGCAGGAUGCACAGUUAAGGAAGUCCAAGAGCACUUCUUGUGAUAUCUCAACCAUGGAGGCCAGUGCUGGGGAUGGGAAGAUGCCUGCGAGGACAGUCUCAAGACAGAGCACCAUACUUGAGCGGAUGUUUGGACGGAAACCAAAUAAGGAUAAUGCCCCUGCUGUGGAUAGCGUGUGCUCAUUAGAGCGCGCGGAGAUUGCAGCCGAACUCCUUGAUACAAAGUGGUUGACAAAUCUCUCGCAUGGUUCGGAAGCUCCUAGUUCUGAUCAUGAACCUUCCAGUAGUCAUCUGAGAGAUGCUGGCAACGGUAAUCAAGGGGAAACCGCAAAAAUGGUAUUGCCAGAUUGUAGCUUUGAUCAUUAUAAAGCAAUGGGCUCUAAUUGUGAGAAUGUGAACAGCACUGUUGGUAGCCCACAUGGAGGAAGGAGGAGUUCAGGAGAUGAAAAGGCGCACUGUAUACAAACCACUAGUGUCGAGGAGGAGAUUGUUGCCAUUUGUGCGCAUAAGACUGAUGGGAUCAUGUCAACUAUAGACCGGCCAGGAUCAGAACAUCUGUCAAAUGAUUUGGAUACAGGUAAAAGUAUCAAUGAGUCUGUUGAUACUCAAGGUGAGUUGCAGGGUAAUCUUGAAGAUGUUACAGUAAGGGAAAUGCACACGGAGGUUUUUUCCAAUGGCAUUUUUGAAAUUCAUGCAAUUGAAACAGGCAUUACUGAUUGUAAAAGUGAAGUGGUUUCACAGUUUGUCACUGUUGAUUCCGACAAGUUCAAUCAAAAUUUUACUGAAGCGAAUUCACCAACUUUUAGCACAACCACAUAUUUUUCAAGUGAAACGCAUGAUGGUUCAUCGAUUGCUUGUGGUCAUGAGGCAUGCCAAGAGAAAGUGGUCAUUAUAAGUACCUCGGAGACUCUGGAGAGCUCAUAUGAUGUGUCCAAUAUUUUGGCUGAUGAAGUUCAUUAUGCUGAAGGCAUCUCAUUGGCUGAUGGUCUACAGUUUGAAGAGUGUUCCAGAGUCUCCAGUGGAAGAUUGGAACAGGAAUAUGUCAAGGAAAGGCCACUGUCAAAUCAUAGUUCUAGCAAUAAAGAAGACUUGUAUAACGUGGGUGUUCCAGAAGUUUCUGUUUUUGAUGACUCUAGUUCUCAAACCUUCCAAGCUAAUCUUCCUGAUAAGGAUAUUUCUGUCAGUACUCUUGUCAAUGAUCACAUGGAUAUUUCUGUGGACACUGUUGCAAAUGAUCAUAAUACCAGCUCAUCUCAUGAUUUAGCUUGUCAGCAUGGUCUAAUAUUUCCUGAUGCUCCUGGUGGUAUAGAUAUAUUGAGUUAUGUGCAUGAAAAUGAUUCUGACACUGUAGCAAAGGAUUCCACGGUGAAUACUAAAACAUGCUAUGGGGAACAUGAUGUUUCUUUCAAUCAGCCACCAAAAAUUCAAAGUGUGACCGGAGAGUGCAUUGCCCAAACACCUGAUUUCCCUAAUAAAGUGGAAGGUGAAGUUUCAUCAAUUAUUUUUGAUUUUUCCAGUUUGAGCAAAGUCGAUACAGAAAAUAUCAAGCUAGAAUAUGAUGAGAACCGAUCUGGUUUUGCAAGUGGAGUUGACAUUGAGCUUGUGCCUGACAGGCCCGGAGAGUGGAUUGCCCAAACACCUUAUGUCCCUUAUAAAGUGGAAGGUGAAGUUUCAUCAAUUGUUUUUGAUUUUUCCAGUUUGAGCAAAAUCGACACAGAAAGUAUCAAGCUAGAAUAUGAUGAGAACCGAUCUGGUUCUGCAAGUGGAGUUGACAUUGAGCUUGUGCCUGACGAGCCCGGAGAGUGCAUUGUCCAAACACCUGAUUUCCCUAACAAAGUGGAAGGUGAAGGUUCAUCAACUGUUUUUGAUUUUUCCAGUUUGAGCAAAGUCGACACAGAAAAUAUUAAGCUAGAACAUGAUGAGAACCAAUCUGGUUCUGCAAGUGGAGUUGACAUUGAGCUUGUGCCUGACGAGCCAAGGGACGAAGCAGAAGCACUUGUGUCUUUAUCUGCUUGCCAUAAUAAAUUAGAAGAUGAAUUUUCACCAAUUAUUUCUGAUUUUUCCAAUUUGAGCACAGUCGAAGCAAAAAACGCCAACUUGGAAGAUAAUGAAAACAGACCUAGUUCCGCAAGUGGAGUUGAAUUAGUGCCUGUGCCUGAGGACCCAAGGGAUAAAGCAGAAACAAUUGUGCCGCCCUGUAAGUUUGUAGAUGAAAUUCAGCUUCAAUUUAGUGACACUACAAGUUUUUCUGACAGAAAGACUAUGGAUGGUAUAAUAGCUAAUAAAGCAGCAAUUGAACGAGUGCAUAAUGCAGCUGAUGGUGAUGCAGAUGAAGGAGUAAACGACAUUGAUCUUGAAAAUAAAUCAGAAAACAAUCCUGAUUUUUCAAUGCCUGAGAUUAUCCUUGUUCCUAUUCCUGGAAGUGGGUUGCAUCUAUGUGAUAAUAAUCUGGAGGCCAAAUCUGCACCAAAUAUCCGUUCUCACAUACACGAUCUUGAAAGAUCUGAUGAUUUUCGAGUAAGUCGCUCACUGUACAAUGGUAAGAACAGGGAGGUUGAUCCAGUCAAGAGUAAAAACUCUGGCUUUCCAGAGCAGGAACUAGAAGGCACUAGUCAGUCAAAAGAAAAUAGUGCCCCAAGGGAUAAAGCAGAAACAAUCGUGCCGUUCUGUGAGUUUGUAGAUGAAAUUCAGUUUCAAUUUAGUGACACUACAAGUUUUGCUGAUAGAAAGACCCUGGAUGAUAUAAUAGCUAAUAAAACAGCAUGUGAAGGAGUGCAUGAUGAAGCUGAUGGUGAUGCGGAUGAAGAGGGAGGGAAUGACACUGAUCUCGAAAAUGCAUCCAAAAAACAUUCUGAUUUGUCAAGGCCUGAGAUUAUCCUUAUUCCUAUUCCUGGAAGUGAGUUGCAUCUAUGUGAUAGUAAUCUGGAGGCCAAAUCUGCACCAAAUCUCUGUCCUCACAUAAAUGAUCUUGAAAGAUCUGAUGGUUUUCAAGUAAGUCGCUCACUGUACAAUGGUGAGAAUAGUGGGGUUGAUCAAGUCGAGAGUAAGAACUCUGGCUUUUCAGAGCAGGAACUAGAAGGCACUAGUGAGUCAAAAGAAAAUAGUGGCCUGUGUGAGCUCAUCAACAGUCCAGUGCCUGAUAACAAGCACUCUGAUGACCUGAAAGACAAUUCGUUCAACCCUGUUGUGGAAUUAUCCCUAUGCAGGCACUUGUUAUCUGAAGGCAUGGGAGCAGAUGCUGCGCGCAAAAACUUUGAUGCUGAGAAGAUAACCUUAGAGAAGUUCCGUGCCAUGGAGCAGUCAUUGAUAAGAAACGACAAGCUAGUUGCUAGGAUUUCUGGCCGUUACUUUCCCUGGGAUGUAGCUGCACCUGUCGUACGGGGGAUGGUUUCUUUUAGAGAGGAACAGCUCUUUGAACACCAAGGUAUGAUAAAGGUGGAGCGAGUUGAGCCAAGCACAACACAAGGUGGCAGCUGGAGAAUCUGGCCAUUUAGUUUCAAAAGAACGAGGACUAUUAACAGCAUCCAGCCAGUUUGUGAGAGCACAGUCGCGAGUACUUUGUCCAUUCCUGUUAGCGAGUCAGAUGGAGAAAGAAAUAAACGCAGUGCAAAGAUGAUGGAGGGGAAGGUGCGAUCGCUCACUCCAACAUCUGAGGAGCUUGCGUCUCUUCAUCUCAGAGAGGGCAGGAACAUUGUGACAUUUACCUUCUCCACUGCUAUGCUUGGGACACAGCAGGUAGAUGCUCACAUAUAUUUAUGGGAAUGGAAUGCACACAUUGUCAUAUCAGAUGUUGAUGGAACUAUCACCAAGUCUGAUGUUCUAGGUCAGUUCAUGCCAAUGGUUGGUGUUGACUGGUCUCAAAAUGGAGUUGCUCAUUUAUUUUCUGCAAUACAGGAAAAUGGAUAUCACCUGCUUUUUCUAAGUGCACGCUCUAUUUCACAGGCCCACCUAACAAGACAGUUCCUUUUCAACCUAAAGCAGGACGGAAAAGCACUUCCUGAUGGCCCUGUCGUGAUAUCUCCUGAUGGCCUCUUUCCAUCUUUGUACAGAGAAGUUAUCAGAAGAGCUCCUCAUGAAUUCAAGAUCUCAUGCCUAGCGGAUAUCAAAGCACUAUUUCCUCCUGACUCGCAUCCUUUCUAUGCGGGAUUUGGGAAUAGAGAUACUGAUGAGCUUAGUUACCUCAAGGUUGGGAUUCCCAUGGGCAAGAUCUUCAUAAUAAAUCCCAAGGGUGAAGUUGCUGUGAAUCGCCGGGUAAAUACAAAAUCAUACAUGUCCCUGCAUGCUCUUGUGAAUCGGGUGUUCCCUCCUCUAUCGUCACCACCGGAGCAGGAGGACUACAACACCUGGAAUUACUGGAAGAUGCCAGUCGCUGAUAUUUGAGGUGCAGUCUGGGCACAAUGCUCUAUGGCACACAGCAAUGUCCAUAAGAAGGUGAAGGCAGAGGGGUAGUGCAGCGAGGCCAAUGAAUGGUUGGGGAAUGCUCCUGAUGCAAGAUGGACGGUGUGUAUAAUACGGAGUAGGCAACAUAGUCUGUACGAGCGAUGCCAUCAUAUUGCAGCUUGGUUGAGAAUGGGAGGUCCCUUGAGUUAGUUUCUUCUUCCUUGCUGUACUAUCGUAGUAGUACUAAUUUUGUACUAGAACAACAAGACAAGAAUUCAAAUAUCAUCAAGUAAGUCUGUUGGAUUGGCUGCUGGUGAUGACGUUGCGUUUUGCACAUGUCAAUCUUGUUAUUUUAAUUUUGUCUGCCUCUGCCUGUGGACAAUUUAUUCGCAGAAUAAAUAUAGCGUCCAGUCAGUAUUGAUCGUUC